AUGAAGGCCUUUGCCGACAUCAAGGGCGAGGAGGACCUUCUCGGACCCGGUGCCGCCCCCGGCACCGUCCCUACCGAUCUCGAGCAGUCGACUGGUCUGGAGCGUCUGGAGAUCUUGGGAAAGAUGGACGGCGUCGACAUCUUCGACAUGCGCCCCCUCGACUCGUCGCGAAAGGGCACCAUCGACAACCCCAUCAUGGUCAAGUCUGCUGGUGACGAGCAGUACGCCGGCUGCACUGGCUCCCCGGCCGACUCUCACGUCGUCACCUGGCUCGGUAUGUCCCGCGAGCGCCCCAUGGAGCGAUGCCCCGAGUGCGGCAGCGUCUACAAGAUGGACACGCAGAAACCUUCAACCUCAUCUUCCAUACAAUCUGCGUGUCGUGCUGCUUCCAUCCAGAUUCCUCCUGUGAGCUUCAUGACCAGGGAGGACGCCAUCCCAGUCGGCUCCGAGAGGCAUGCCGUGCUGUUCCUGAAGACCUACCUGCAUGGCCAGCUCGGCGCUUCCUCCGUCCCUUGCCCCCUGCACACGCAACCGACGAAAACACACCUACAUACCAUUCGGAUGCGCCUCCGCCUCCCGCACAACGUGUUGACAUGGAUUGCCAUGGAGCCGUGCGGAAGUAACCAGAUCGUCUGGAAAUCGUAA